ACUUUGGGCCACUGUCCCAUUCUGUGUCUGCAGAGCACGUCGGGAAGAUCGCAGAGGCUGAGCGGCGGGAAACGCACCCACCGGCUCCACCUGGCCGCCAGCUGAUGCCAAAAGCCCGCAGGUCUUGGCCACAGCAGGGACACGAUCAGUUUCCUUCCCCAAACCACCCACGCGUAGAAACGAACACCUCCCCAAAACAACCGUCACUGUUUCGCCCACCAGGAGGGCAAGCGAGGUUUACCGCCAACAUGCCAGGGGGAAACAAGGACCAAGUUCCCCUCAGCAAGAACAUGACCUCGACGACAGCCAGCUCUCAGAUGCCAAGAGAAAGCAGGGGACAGCAGAGGACAACGGGAUCCGAGACCACCCUGUACAGCCAGUAUGAGGAGAAGGUGCGCCCCUGCAUCGACCUCAUCGACUCCCUGCGGGCCCUGGGCGUGGAGCAGGACCUGGCCCUGCCCGCCAUCGCCGUCAUCGGGGACCAGAGCUCGGGCAAGAGCUCCGUGCUGGAGGCCCUGUCGGGCGUCGCCCUCCCCAGGGGCAGCGGAAUCGUAACCAGGUGUCCGCUGGUGCUAAAGCUGAAAAAGCAGCUCUCGAGUGAGGUCUCUUGGAGGGGGAAGAUCAGCUACCAGGACAAGGAGCUCAAGCUUCAAGACCCCUCCCAGGUGGAGAGGGAAAUCAACAAAGCCCAAAACAUUGUGGCUGGGAGUGGAGUCGGCAUCAGUCAUGAGCUCAUCAGCCUGGAGAUCUCCUCCCGCGACGUCCCGGAUCUGACCCUCAUCGAUCUUCCCGGCAUCACCAGGGUGCCUGUGGGAAACCAGCCCGUGGACAUCGGACAGCAGGUCAAGGCACUCAUCAGGAAGUACAUCCAGAGGCAAGAGACCAUCAACCUGGUGGUGGUCCCCUGCAACGUGGACAUCGCCACCACAGAGGCGCUGAGCAUGGCUCAGGAGGUGGACCCCGACGGAGACAGGACCAUAGGGAUCCUGACCAAACCAGACCUCGUGGACAAGGGCGCCGAAAAAACUGUCGUGAAUGUGGUGCAGAACCUCACGUACCGUCUCAAGAAGGGCUACAUGAUCGUGAAGUGCCGGGGCCAGCAGGACAUCACAGACAAGCUGAGCUUGGCAGAGGCCACCAAGAAGGAAAUGAUGUUCUUCCAGGCACAUCCGUAUUUCAGGGCGCUCCUGCAGGAAGGAAAGGCUACGGUGCCCCGCCUGGCAGAAAGGCUCACCUCGGAGCUCAUCGCGCACAUCACUAAAUCCCUCCCGUUGUUGGAAGAGCAAAUAAGAGUGAGCCUGCAGGCUGCGACAGAGGAGCUGCGCCAGUGUGGCGAGAACGUCCCCAGCAGUGACAACGACAUAAUGUUCUUUCUGAUCGAGAAAAUCAAAAUGUUUAAUCAGGACAUUGAAAAGUUAGCAGAAGGAGAAGAUGUUGUGAAGGACGAAGAGACUCGCUUAAUCAACAAACUCAGGGAGGAGUUCAAAGACUGGGCACGUGUGCUGAAAGCCAGUAUCCAGAACGCGAACAAUAUCAUUCACGAAGAGGUCUCAAAGUACGAAAAGCAGUAUCGCGGCAAGGAACUUCUCGGGUUUAUCAACUACAAGACGUUCCAGGCCAUCGUGCAGCAGUACAUCGAUCAGCUGGUGGGCCCCGCGCUCGACAUGCUGCAGAAGAUCGUGGAAAUUGUCCGGCAAGCUUUUGUUGACUUGGCCAGGAACCACUUUGACGAGUUUGCCAACCUGAACCAAACAGCCCAAAGCAAGAUUGAAGACAUAAAGACGAAGCAGUCGGCAACAGCAGAAGAUAUAAUCCUCCUUCAGUUCAGGAUGGAGAAGCUCGUCUAUUGCCAAGACCAGAUUUACAGCACGGUUCUGCAGAAGAAGCGGAAAGAGGUCUUUAACCCACUCGCAAAUAUGUCCCAGACGCAGGAGCCUGCCGUCUCUGCCAUCACUGAGAUCUCGGUGCACCUGGACGCGUACUUCUGCGAGACCAGCAAGCGCCUCGCCAACCAGAUCCCGUUCAUAAUCCAGUACUUUAUGCUCCAAGAGAACAGCGACCACCUGCAGAAAGCCAUGAUGCAGAUCCUGCAGGAAAAAGAGCACUACUCCUGGCUGCUCCAGGAGCAGAGCGAGACAGCCCAGAAGAGGAGACGCCUUAAGGAGAAAAUCUACCGGCUCACGCAGGCGCGGCGCGCUCUCUAUAAACUCACCUAUUAAAGGGGGUAGACAGGUGGAAAAGCAACAGCACUUCGGGUUUUAUCUUGUGUGUGUUUAUUGUGAGGGGAGAUGGCCCAGGAACUGGCUUCUCCUUUGGGGCGAGCCUGUCUGUUCCUGUCCAUCCGUCUUCGCUGUACUGCGCUCAACACCAGAGUCUAGGUCUGAAGUCCACGCGUGCUUGGAGCGCGUCCACAUCCUCCACCCACGUCCGUGAACAGGUGUCUCUCCAGUCCUCGGGCCCCACAGCCUCCAGUCUCGGCUUUCUUAACUACUGCUGUCAUUCUUUGGUCAUUUGUCCCCCCCUACCCAUCAGGUUAGGAGACCCGGAGCGGGGGGAAGAUCAGCAUUAUAUUCUUCUGAAUUUCCAGAACCUUGCAUGGCACCUGGGACACAGUAGCCACUCCGUGAGGGAGGUCUCAGUGAACAAAUGAAAGGUGGUGCUUACCUGAGGCCAUGGCUCCAAUCAACCUUUGGUUGUCGGCGAUGGUGUCCCUUAGCUGGUUGCUUUCAGAUGAAGUAGGUCAUGCCACCUGCUGUGAUGCUGCGCCCCGCCCCCACGCCCUGCCCCAGGGAGAAGCAGGUCUGAAUGAUUCUAUUAUUAACUUGUAUUGUUCCCCUGGUUGUGACAAGUUCCCAUUGCUAUGUUGUCUUUUUUUUUUUACUUUUUUAUUGAAUUUAUUUCCGUCACGUUGGUUUUGUGUUGUCUUAAAGGAAAAUUAAUAAUAACAAAUAGUGUUUAAAGAAAAAAUAGCUUCACACCGGUGGUCAUCUCUAGGUUGCAGGAUUAGGACUCAUUUUACUUCCUUUUUCAUGCAAAGUGAUACCUACCAGAUGGGCAUUUUAAGAGGGCUACGUAGGACCAUUUCUAAAAACCACCUGACCCAGCGCAUGUAUUCAAAGAGGCCAUCAAUUGUUCCUUCCAUCAAAGACCUCUUUUACUCUUUACCUCCAGGUCAAUAGAGUGGCCUCCACUCCAGCUUGUAUGUUUAGCUCUUGGAUUACUUUUUGAGUCCAUUUUCUAUAUGGCGUUAGUUAAGAGUCUGAUUUCAUCCUUUGGCAUGGGGAGAUUCCAUUUCCCCAGCCCCAUGUGUUGAGAAAACUGUCCUUUCCCUCCCUGGCCAUGGUGCUCUGGUCAACAAGAAUUUGACCACGUGUGCAAGGGUUUGCUCAUGGCCUCUCCGUCCUGUUCCAUUGGCCUGUCUGUCCCUAUGCCAGCACCGCCGUGUUGGCAACUGCAGUAAGUUUUGACAUUAGGAAGGGUGAGUCCUUCAGCUUUAUUCCUGUUUUUCAGAGCUGUUUUGGCCAUUCGGGGUCCCUUAAGACUGCGUAUGAAUUUUAGGGUGGGUUUUUUCUUUUUCCUCUGCAAAAAAAAUGCUGGCAUUUGAUAGAAAUUGCCUUAAAUCCAUAGAUUGCUUGGGGUAGUAUUUGCAGCUCCACAACAUUAAGGCUUCCAUCCUAUAAACACAGGAUGUCUUUCCAUUCAUUUGUGUCUGUUUUAAUUUCUUUAAGCAUUGUUUUGUAGUUCUUACUGUACAAGUCUUUCACUUCUUUGGUUGAGUUAGUUCCUAAGUAUUUUAUUCCUUUGGGUGCUAUUAUAAAUGUAACUGUUUUCUUAAUUUCCUUUUCAGAUUAUUCAUUAUCAGUCUACAAAAAUGCAGCUGAUUUUUAUGUGCUCAUUUUAUAUCUUGCCACUUUGUUAAAUUCAUUUAUUAGUUACAACAGUUUUUUUGUGGAAUCUUUAUGGCUUUCUACAUAUAAGGUCAUCUCAUCUGUGAACAGACAUAAUUUUAUUUCUUGAUUUUGCUUAAUUGCUUAGGCUAGAACUUCCAACACUGCGUUCAGUGAAAAUGGAAAAAGUGGGGAUCUUUAUCUUAUAAAGUUAUUCUGGUUUUAAAGAACUUUUGUUACUCUGAAGAUGAAGAGAAUUUAAGAGAUAAAACAUUGGUCUUAACUUAGGUAUUCUUGACUCUUUUUUUAAAAUUUGACUUUUCCCCUUUAUUUAAUGAGUUGGGUCACGCACACAGAUAGUCAGUAGCAGAACUAAAGAGAAGAAUCAACGCUCUUCAAUUGUCAAUGCUGUUGUAAAAAAGUCUGAGAAAAAUAAAAGCCUGAUCCUUAA